AUGGAGAUCAGUAAGUCUCCUCGGAUAGGGCAAAAUGCCGAGAAUAGCCAUGACAGGCCCCGGAAGUACAUGAGCAAGGGCCGUCGUGCCUGUGACUUUUGCCGUUCAAGAAAGUCUGCAUGUCAGAUCGAAGUAGCUCCGCCAUGCCUGCGCAAGAAACGGCGAGUCGCGCAGCCGGAAGAAAGUGAUCACGUGGCAACAUGGCAGCAAGGACCUCGACCAAACGAUACGGAUCUGCUGUGGCCGCAGAGUCUAGAUUUUUUGUCAAUGUCGCUGCCAGAAGGUGGUUUCCCUCAAGUGCCAUCGGCCGAAGACCGCAGUAUGUUAGGUAUUGGUUUGAACCAGGAAUCGAACGAUCAGCUGCGCGGCGGUUUCGUGUCUGGGCCAGAGACUGCAGAACAAUUCACGCUAGACGACCUCAUGCUAGGCAUAUACGGAGGGAAAACGCCGUCUGAUAUUUAUCAAGAAACAGGAGACGGUCACAGCUCUCUUGAUCAUGCUACUCUGACGUCUCAAAUAUGUGGGUUGACUGGUGAUAUGGAUCCCUACGUCUUGCGCCACUACCAGUUCAACGAUAAAAACGAGGUUGUGUUUUCGAAGCUCGCCAUUCGCAAAGUAGAGGAAGGGUCAUUCCCUGUGCAAUUCUUGUUGUCAAAGUCAGAGCUCAGUGCCGAUUCACGAACUCAGACUGACCUUCGAAAUGGAUCCCACGCAAGCGAGACGCCAUCGCGGUCAGAUGAACUUGUGCCUCAAGAAGUUGGAGAACGAUUGAUCGAAUUUCCCCAGACUUCGCCGACUCACCUGCUAGCUGCAAUAUACUCCAUCACCCAGCCAUUUACUCUUUUCGAUGACUACUUGUCUAUCGAGCUGGCGUACAGUCCACCAUCUCCACAAACCCUAACAAAUAUUGCAUGGCGUUCUCUCAACGACGAGAUCACCGAACCAACUAUUCUUUCCGUGCAAACCGCAAUCAUUCUGCUGUUACAGCCAUCCAAGAAUCCACUCUUGCUUGAAAGCCCAUUGAAAUGGUCGCUACUUGGGCUGACAGUUUCGAUGGCACAAACCCUUGGCCUUCAUCUGGACCCUAGCGCGUGGAACCUGCCUGCUGAAGAAAUCAAAACGAGGAAUAGACUAUCCUGGCUGGUCUGGGCUGUUGAUAAGUGGUUUGCUUUUUCCCUGGGCCGGCCAAGUCAUAUAUCAAAGACCGACUGGCUCGUCACUGAACUGAACCCAUCAAAUGAUGCGACGGACUCUAGUAAUGAAUCUUACACUGCGCAUUUUGCUAGACUUACUAAUAUCCUGGACACUGUGCUGAUGGAAUUAUAUUCGAUACGAUCAGUGUCUGUCCUUGCUACAGAUUCUCAGAAGACGAUUUCCAUCGCACGCCCAAUCAUGCAAACUCUCGAUGAAUGGCACAAAUCAUUCUCUGCGCACCUUGAAGUCCAUAGAGACAGUGAAACCAAUGCCGACCUUCCAAACGGCUCAGCUUCGCUCCAUAUUGCCUUUCAUGCCGUAAGAGUCCUGGUUUUCCGCGCAUUGUUGCGACCGUUCAACCAAUCGAACCCAGAUCUCGCUCCCGGUGGCCAAAACUCGGAAGACUGGCUUGCUGCACGAACUCAGAUCCGCAGUAGUGCCACGGCCGAAGUGUAUUCGAUACUCAAAUUGAUAUCAUCAUUUAGGCAGGAACAUUAUCAAGCUUUUUGGGCACCAUGGUCCAAAACUUGCUUUGCGCUCGUUACAAACAUCCUUCUACUUUUAUCGGUGACUUCAAAUCGUGAUACCGGAAGACCAGAUAUGCCCAAUUUGAACGAGCUACAACAGCCGUCACCUGAAGAGACAGCGACUGACGAGUAUACGGAAUGUCGAAAGCUGCUUGAUCGAGCACGAGCCAUAUUCAGACUACAUGCAAAAACUCUCGAUAUGAUCCGGUUUGCGCUUUUGCGUAUCGACGCUGUCUUCUGGAUUGGAUGGGAGCGAGUCCUGGGUUACAAGUAA